AUGGAUCGCUCUAACAAACCGUCCGCCAUCGGCGUGAGCGGAUCUCUUCCCCAGCCCUCCGUCUCCGUCAAGGAUACCACCAUUGAAGCCAGCUUGCCAUCCGGCGAGUCCGUGACUGUUUACCUGUACGGCGCCACCGUUACCUCGUGGAAGGCCAACGGGCAGGAACAGCUGUUCCUGAGUGAGAAGGCCCAUCUGGACGGCUCCAAGCCUAUCCGUGGUGGCAUUCCGCUCGUCUUCCCGGUUUUCGGUCCUCCCCCGCAGAACCAUGCCACCUCGACCCUGCCUCAACAUGGCUUCGCGCGUAACUCCACCUGGGAGUUCCUGGGCAAGUCCUCGUCGGACUCUGGACCUAGCGAUCUUGCCGUCAAGCUGGAUUUUGGUCUCACCCAUAACAUGCUGAGCGAGGAGUUCCGGAAGGCUUGGCCGUAUGAGUUCGGCCUUGUUUACAGUGUCACCCUGUCGAAGGACGGACUGGCGACCUCCCUGCAUGUCACCAACGAGGGCAAGCAGAACUUCGAGUUCCAGGUCCUGAUGCACACCUACCUGAAGGUUGCAGACAUCUCCGACAUCCGCGUGAAGAACCUAGAGUCCAAGACCUACGUCGACAAGGUCCGCAACGCGACUUCCCACACCGAAGCCUCCAACGCCCUACCCAUCACCGAAGAGGUCGACCGUGUUUACCAAGACCUGAACCCUGAAAAGCCGAUUGUCGUGUCCUCCGCUUCCGAUGGCAAGCCCUUGUUCUCGAUCACACGGGAGGCACUGACCGACGUCGUGGUCUGGAACCCGUGGAUUGAGAAGGCCAAGGGUAUGGCCGACUUCAGUCCCGAUGAUGCAUACAAGAACAUGAUCUGUGUCGAGGCCGGCUCUGUGUCUGCUUGGCAGACUCUGGAGGCGGGUGACUCCUGGGAGGGUGGCCAGAGCAUCAAGUCGCGGCUGUAA